ACAUCCAGAGACGGAAACAGAGACCGCUCUCCUUCAGAGUAAAAGCUACUCGUUGCAACUGCUCCUGAUAAAAAACACUGUCCUGUGUUGUUGCUUUUAAACAAGUCUGGAGUGAAUCUGGUGGAGUAAAGAAAAAGGAAAACAGAUAGAAAAGGAAGGGAAAGAUAUGACACUUUGCCUGAAUGAGUGUCUGAGAGCAGUUGGGCUGCAGCAUCACUAUGCCAGGUUUACCUCCAUGGGGGUUUGCCUUGCAGCCCACCUUUCAGCACUGACCAUGGAGGACUAUCCCCUCCUAGGAAUUCGCACUAUGGAGGAGAGGACUCGACUCUUCCACCUUGUCCAAAUGAUCAAAACUCUGGACCUGGAGAGCCUUGAAUAUGAAGAUGGUUAUGAUGAUUAUGGUGCUGAUGGUGGGGAUGAAGGCUCUGCUGUAGUGGAUAGUAGUUUUACUUAUGAUGGAUAUGGAGGUCCCGUUCGCAGACGGCUUAAUUUUGGUUCUGAAACCACUGAUCAACAUCGGAAGAAACUUUCUUAUCCCAAAGGUUCUGUUCAUGUCUGUACAAGUCAUAUGGGAAAUGACGUACCAGUCCAGUGCAGAGGGUCAGCCACAACUCUGCAGCUUGAACUCAACAGUGGGAGAGCUGUGAAAUGUGGCUGCAAAGAGAACGACAACCACAGGACAGAUGCACAUUGUCAUCCAUCAAAUCAACACACAAGAAGAGACAGCACAGGAGGAAUUGCAGUGCAGAACUCUCCCACCAGAUCAUCACCAAAGUGUGGCUCCUUCCAAAAACAAAAACACAGGCCUGAACCAGUGAAGACGUUUAACAGCCAACCAGUUGGGCACAAAGAGAGGAAAAGAAUCUUGAAGAAGGAAAAACUUCCCACAGAAAUACAGAGUAAUGGAGCUUCAGGAUCCAUGGCUAAGAAAACACCCAUUUAUGAAUCAAAGAGAACCACUGGUUACAACUACGGACUACCUCUGAGUUCCCCUCCUGCUCCAAACAAAAAACAUGAAGGGGAGCAGCGGAUUAGCGUGUGUGUGAGGAAGAGACCUCUGACACGUGCACAGAGCAGGAGAGGAGAAGCAGACGUCGUGACAACCUCAGAUGGAGAGUGUGUUAUUGUUCAUGAAAGCAAAGAAGCGGUGGAUCUCACACAAUACAUACUACAGCACAGGUUCUACUUCGACCAGGUUUUUGGAGAGGAGAGCUCCAACGAGGAGGUGUAUCAAAGAACAGCAUAUCCUCUGGUGCAGCACAUGCUCAAUGGAGGCAAGGCCACUUGUUUUGCAUAUGGCCAGACAGGUGCAGGGAAGACUCACACCAUGUUAGGCUCAUCCGCCGGGGGACCAGGGUUAUACGCACUUGCAGUCAGGGACAUUUUUGCACACCUGUCCACCUCGCGCAUGCUCUCUCCCCUGCUGGUGUAUGUCAGUUUCUUUGAGAUUUACUGUGGUCAGCUGUAUGACCUGUUGGACCACAGGAAAAGGUUAUUUGCCAGGGAGGAUGGACAGAAGGUGGUUCACAUUGCAGGGUUGCGUGACAUCAGGGUGGACUCAGUCAGCUCCCUGCUGCAGGUGAUUUCACAGGGUACGGAGGAGCGCACACAGGGGAUGAGUGGAGUAAAUCCACUUUCUUCUCGAUCUCACGCUUUGCUUCAAAUUCAGCUCAGAUGUCCAAACCAGCAGAUAAGAGGCAGGAUGUGGUUUGUGGACCUGGCUGGAAGUGAGAGGGCAUCUGAUACCAAAGACCCAGACAAACAGAGUCGUAUGGAGGGAGCUGAGAUCAACCAGAGUCUGUUAGUUCUUAAAGAAUGUAUCCGGUCCCUUGAUCAAGAGCAAUCACACACACCUUUCAGACAAAGCAAACUUACUCAGGUUUUGAAAGACUCAUUUGUUGGUGAUUCAAUGACGUGCAUGAUUGCCAACAUUUCACCUGGUCACUUAGCGACCAAACACACACUUAAUACACUGAGAUACGCUGAUCGGGUGAAGGAGUUGAGGGGACAAAGAGGACUAAGAGGAGGAAGAAGGGGCAAGACGAUGCCCUCCCCUAAACAUAACCUGUCCAACAGCAGCAGUGGUAGCAGUGUUGGCCCUCGAGGGAAAAGUCCCCCUAAAAAGCAGAAGUUAGGGAGACAACCAGAGGCUUUUGCUCCCACUUCACCAAACACCAGGUCGUCCACAGGGGACACAAAUCUCUGCUCCACACCCAAGAACAGCAGAUGGAGGGCGGAAACAAGUGCUAUGGGCAGAGAAGGGAUUGGACUUGAACAUGUGACACCAAUUAGAGGCUGGCUGGGACUGGGUGAUACGAGGCAUAGGCAUGAAGCAAGUGAAAGCAAUGCAGUGUGUUUAGGAAUUAACAGACACUCUGGAGGGGACCAUAACGUCAGGGCAGGGACGGUGUUGGUACCGCCCACAGAUAAGCACCGUCUUUUGACGGAGGUGCAAAACCCUUUAACUCAAAGGGAAUCUGGAAAAAGAGAAGAAGAGAUCCAGCAGAGCUCUGUGGAAGGUGCGAGAGUAGAGGAAGGAGGAUGGUUACAACAGCAGAGACAGGUGGAGCGCUGUAGAGACCCACGUAGUGAAGUAGAAAAGCUAAGGGGAAGAGAUUUACACAUGUUUGAUGAAAAGGAUAAGGAGAGGCAGAGACAUCUGAGAAUGUAUCACCAGCAGCUGCAACAGUUUGCGUCCUCAUCUCCUUCAUCGUCUGUCAAUCUCCUCUCACCAUCGACAUUCUCUUCCUCUCUUCAUUCAUCUGUCUCUCCAUUAUCCUCUUCUCCUCUUCCACAGGAUUCCCAUCUGUCAGCUUCUGCCCUCACAUAUCAAGAUGUGGAAGAUGUGUACAGAGCUGGAGUCCAGAUUAGAGAUGAUGCUAACAGAGGACGUAAGCCUUUUCCCAGUGGUGAGAUUCGCUGCAAUAACAAUCAUGCCCGCGGUGAAUCUGGUGGUGUUGGCGCUCACUGUACGGUAUCAUGGGGAGGAACAGAGGGAAGACCUGAACAAGGUGAAAGUGAUAAGAGAAGGUCAGUGGAGCAAACAUGUGAAGCAAGGUUAAAGAGAGAAGAUAAGAGGCCAGCUGGGAUAGAGGAGCGAGACAGGAGGUGGGCCUGGUUGGCAACAGUGGAGACAGAGCAAGAAGAUAGGGUCACAGGUGCGAUGCCGACUGAUGCAGGGGCGCAAGUGUCUUAUAGCUGUCGUUCUGAUGACAGAAGACAAAGGGGUGAGGAAGGACUGCAUCCCACAAAUGACCCUGCUGAGCAGAGCACUGAUGGGGAAGGUGGCAGCCCUCAUCAGCGAGCUCCAGCAGAACGACCCCUCUCCCCAGCCUGUGAACACAUCCACACACUCCCGACCCCAAACAAACGAAGUGAUCGCUCUCUUGAAUCAAAACAUACCAGAUGCAUCUCCAACAUUCCACCUCUACCAUUGCAAAAUGCCUCUUUUUCAAAUUCUCCGUUAACCACACAACAGCUCUCUACCUCCGUCACUCAGAGUAGAUAUAAAGCAGCUGAACCCGAUAAAAAACUGUCUGAAAGUCCAGUUUACACUCAAAACCAUUCACACAUCAAAGCCAAAAUAGCGUUUUUAUCUCAGCAUGAGACUGACACAGAUUCUCUCAGCUACACAAUGGACCCCCUCAGCCUCUCGAUGCUUCAGGUGGACCAACAGGCUGCGACAUCCUCGUUCCUACAAGGAGAACAGAUCUACCCCUCACUCUGUCUGCUUGGGAAUGAAAGGGGGAAAAAUACCCAAAGGAAAGUGGAAAAAGAGCAGCAGACCUGUGACAAGCUUGCAGAGGCUGAGGCUGAGGCUGAGGAUGUAGAUAUUCAUCUUUCUUUUUUAGAGCUGCCACAAGCAAAGACCUACUGCCCCACCACCUCUGACACCGUGAUCAAUCACACGGAUCGAAGAAAAGACACCCGUGGAAUAGGUAGGACAAAACCUGCACUGCCUGAAGUUACUCUAGUCCGACUCCAGGACCGAGAGAACAAUCAGAAACUCCAAACCAUGCCAGUCCUUAGCACCAAAGCCCCUUCAUCCCCACUCAAACCCUCUUCAUGUUCUCCUAUGCAAGCUCCUCAUGUGCAUGUGCUCCACAGCUCGCACAAUCUAAACCCAAAUGUUGCCACACAAAUGCCAACAGAACAUGCACACAACAUGCACAGCAAACCUGACUCCUCCACCUCAAAACCACAGUCAGACGGUGUCUUGGACCAGUGUCACAUAGUAAAUUCAAAUCACUCCAUCGACAACACAACCCAACCAGGUCAAGAAAGUACGAGCAAUCAGCUAAGCAGGCCCACAAUCCAUCCGUCUUCCCUGAAAGACUUGAAUCAUGCACUGUGCCGUGUUGUCCAGGCCCACUGGGAGCAGCUUGAAGAGAUGGAGGCUUUAUGUCACAGAGAGGGGACACUUCUGUUCCAACAACCUGAUAUGGCAUUCGGGGAAUAUGUCCACAAGCUGGAAGAGAUAAUGGAGAAAAAGGCUCUGUGUGUGCAUAGCAUGAGAGCCCAGCUGCAGCCGUAUCUGAUGCUCAGUCAGUCAAACCAAACACAAUCAAUGAGAAGAUAAUAAUAUUUAGAUUUUCUGAAUUAACAAAGGUAAAAAGCAGGAAUAUUUCUAUUUAUAAGUAAAGCCUGUACAUACACUGAAGGGAUGCAGGUAGUGCAGGACUAUCAUGGUGUUUAUAACUGCACUAUAUUUUCACUGACAAGACUAAAAUGCAGCAUGAGUUAAAUACAUUAUUAGUGUUUUUAUUUUUUAUUUGAUUUCAUAUGUGUGUGUGUGUGUGUGUGUUUGUUUUUACUGUUUGGAUGUGAGGUUAUUAUUUUCCUCUUCCUGGGCUCUUUACAUGAUGAUUCAUAUAAAUAUAGUAUUUGAUUUGAAUCUAUGCAUAUUUGUUUCUUUAAAUCAUAAUUUGUUAUUUUCGUCUUAUGACGGAUAUCUGUCGCACUACUGUGGAUACUUGAAUGACUGAUGUUUGGAAAUUAUGUUGCUUAGACAGGAGCUAUUUAUGUACUGUAUUUGCUGCAACUUCUAAAGGGCUGUACUUUCUCAAGUCCAGUCUUGGUCCAAUAUUAUGAGUCUCUCCUUGUAUCAGCCUGAUCAUUUUUGACAGCUUUGGUCAUGUCUGUAUCUUGUUUUUUCUUUGUCAUUUUGAGACAUCACUUUGAUAUUGGACUAGAUCAAGGCUUUGAGUUUCCCUGGUUUGUGUCUUAAUUUGUGCUGCACACCACCACAACCCUCUGCCUGAACGAACACCAGCCCAGCCUGGUGGGGUUGUUCUUCUGUUUAAGCUCAACUGGAUCUCUGAAGUAAUGACACACUGAACCAAAGAUACACAACUAACAUUUUUCUUACCUGCAAACUUGAGCUCAGGUUGUCUGCUGAGCUGUUUACUUGACAGGUGGCUGUUUUCAAGUGCUAAAUUUGUUGUCUUCAGAUAAAAGAUUGUGAUACUUAGCAAAUAGAAGGUAGGUGGAUUUUCAGUUUACAAUGGA